UUUCAGCUGAAGUACCGGUAGUUGAUGAUGGCUCAACUUUCAUCAUUCACAUAAGUCUAGCAUCCGUGCGAAUGAAGAGUAGGGCUUGCUCAGUCUUCCUAGUGCAAUUGAAGGAUAUAUGUCUGCGAAGACUGUGCUCUUCAAUCUGCUGUUCCGGAGGUAGUCUGUCAUGGCCAGAAUGACAAUGCACAUUCUGAGCAGGAACGCCGCAAGGACGCAUUCUAUGCUACCUCCGUUGUCACCAAAGAAGAGCAUCGAGCUGAAGGUGCCAAUGUGCUGCGAAGUAUGCGAAGAAAAUGUGAGAGAGGAGCUGACAGUACUAGAAGGUGUGAAAGAAAUCAGCAUAGAUGUCGGCACUCAAAAGGUGAUUGUCUGGGGUCACUGUGAUGUGAGGUUAGAGCCUUACGUUGUGCUCAGAGCAGUUAAAAAGGUGAAGCACCGGGCAGAAAUGUGGAGAAAGUGAAAUUCACGAUUAUUCGACUAUCGUUACAUCUGAAAGACCAGCUACAAAUACUUCUCUUUCCAAACAAUCAAGUGCAUCAGUGGAAACAUUACAAAUGAUAGUGCAUAAACGAGUUUCUACAAGAUAGAGAUAAAUUCACUAUUCUCCCUGCUUACAGCGUCUCGUUUUCUUCACAAAACACUGCCCUGGCUAUGGACUCUCACUCACUCGCAUUUGUUUGCUCUUGCUUAUUAGCGUGAGAUCCCAUAUAGACAAUUGGAACCUCUCCGUUACAGUCUUUAGUCUAUAUGGACUCUCAGUCAUAGAAAGUCAUCGUUGGAACCUAUCACCCAUAUAGACUUGGUAUCCACUUCUCCAUGAGCUUCCUGACACAACUUGUUAUGGCUGCCAAAUCUGUUUUGACUUGUACAGAAGUACUUCUUACUCCUCGAAACUCAGAAGCUACUUUGUCAAUAUUCCAAGCAUUUGUUCGAUCUUGCGUACUAGCGUGAGAUCCCACAUAGACAAUUGGAACCUCUCUGUUGAAGUCUUUGGUGUUUCCGGCGACGUCGGCAUUGCAACUUGGAACGCAAGUAAGAUGAAGAAUCUGAUGUAAAAACUGUUAAAUUCCCUAAA